CGACACUCUAUUUCACGUAUUGUUGCAAAGUGACCAUGAAUACCAAAUACCAAGUUCACCAGGACGGAACCCAAACCUUGUUGCAUGCUGGAGCUGACACGAGUAUAUAGAACCAGAAAAAUGUAUCUAAAGUUGAUAUUUCUGCUUGGAUUUGCUUGGUCGGUCUCAUCAAAACCAGUAGACUCGUGCCUCUUUACAGAAUCUGAGCAUUGGUUAAUCACAUUGGACAGGCUACACCAAUCGUUAACCAAUGUUGACCAGAGCAAUUGUGAUUCGCUCCAAUGUAGUUUUCCCUUCCAAUCGUUUCUUCAGCCUACUCAGGGGUCGACGUACAGACAAACUCUCAACUUCGUCACUAAUACAACUGAAGUCUUCAGUCCCUGGUUCGACCAAACUAGUACCAUUUCAGACCAAAUAGAAAGCGCCCUCGAAUCACUGAAAAAACUGAAAAAUCAAUUAGAAGAAUCGUCUACAAAUUGUUACCAAACUGGUGAGACACACCAAGAUAUAUUAAACAGUUUUCAGUGUAUACGAGGAAAACCAAUCAGCGAAAUGGGUUGCAUUAUGAGACACACUCUUAGGGUGAUCAAGAGAAUGGUUAAUCAAUGUAGUUGAACAUAAGGUGACUCGUGAAACGCGUUAUCUUCAAAAUCAACGCAAUUACCUUGGCAAGUGGUAGAUAAGUCUGUGAGAGAGCACGUCAUGCCCUACGCACAUUACUAGGUUAGUUAGGUCUAUAAAAGGGUUAUAGGCCUAUAUCAAUUCAUCUAACGAACAGACAAAUUAAGUAAAAAUAAAAAAUUUUAAGGAAAAUAAGCCGUUGGAUAUAAUAAUAAAAAGGCACCAAACUAAAGAAGUUACAGAAUAUUUCUGAGAAAAUAGUAGGCUCCUCGCACAUUUACAGUAAGUUAUGCCAGUGGUUAUGCAUAUAAAAGGUAAGGGCUAUUAUAGGCCUGUAUCAUUUCAUCUAACCAGUAGAUACAUUAUCAGAAUAUUUCUGAGAAAAUAGUAGGCUCCAUGAUCCUAGUACUGUAUACGGUAACUAUCUAAAACGUUUUUAAUGAACACUUUUCUAUAUUCAUUGUAUCCAUGUUGUUGUAUAUCAAUAAGUGCAAUACCAUUUGUAAAGUAAAUAUUAUUUAUUAAAAUACAUUUAAAUUAGUUAAAUUAAAACAUUCAUAGGCCUAAUAACAAAAAUAUUUGUAUUAUUUUCAGGAUAAUAUUAAAUCCUAUAAACGAUGUUAGUAUUGUAUUCAGUCACUUUACCUGAGAAAUACGGUGUGUAGUUAAUUCUUCUGGUUAAGUGAUGGAUAAGAAUGUGUAAAUGUAUAAACAUUAUUGAUGCUAUUUAUACUAUUGUUACUACUGUUACUACUGUAUAUUAAGUAUAAUUAUUAUAAUAAAAUGACUACUAUAAUGUUUUUAC